AUGACAUUGAUGGAGAACAGGACAGAGGUGACAGAGUUCCUCCUGCUGGGACUGACCAGUGACCCCCACCUGCAGCUUCCCCUCUUCAUCACCUUCCUCCUCAUCUACACCAUCACUGUGGCUGGGAACCUGGGGAUGAUCCUGCUCAUCCUCCUGGACUCCCGUCUGCACAGCCCCAUGUACUUUUUCCUGGGAAACCUGUCCCUGGUAGACUUUGGAUACUCUUCUGCUGUCACUCCCACAGUCAUGGCUGGGCUGCUUACAGGAGACCAGGUCAUUUCUUACAGUGCUUGUGUUGCUCAGAUGUUCUCUUUUGCAGUCUUUGCCAGUGUGGAAAAUUUUCUCUUGGCCACAAUGGCCUAUGACCGCUAUGCUGCAGUGUGUAAGCCCCUACAUUAUGCUUCUGGAAUGACAACAAGUAUAUGUAUGUGGCUGAUUAUAGGUUGUUACACCAUUGCUUUCCUAAGUGCCUCCACCUAUGUUGGGGAUACAUUCAGUCUCUCCUUCUGUAAAUCCAAUGCUGUCCACCACUUUUUCUGUGAUAUCCCAGCAGUCAUGGUGCUCUCCUGCUCUAACAGACAUCAUAAUGAGCUGAUUCUUGUUUAUGUUGUGAGCUUCAACAUCUUUUUUGCCCUCGUAAUUGUCUGGAUAUCCUACGUUUUCAUUUUUAUCACAAUCCUGAGGAUGCGCUCAAGUGAGGGACACUGGAAGGCUCUAUCCACCUGUGCCUCCCACCUCACCGCAGUCUCCAUCUUCUAUGGCACUGUCAUCUUUAUGUAUCUGCAACCCAGCUCCAGUCACUCCAUGGACACGGACAAAGUUGCAUCCGUGUUCUACACCAUGGUCAUCCCCAUGCUGAACCCCUUGGUCUACAGCCUGAGGAACAAGGAGGUCAAGAAUGCAUUCUUGAAGGUCAAGAGUAGAUUCAUCUGUUGGAUGAAAUAA